GCCGUUGUUGCUAGGUUACUCUGUGUAAGCGGUUCAGGAGGCAGGUGCUAGUGAGGUGAGGAAAGAUGACAGAAAUCAAGAGCAUGUAAACCAUGUGAGCUCCCUCCCUCCAGUGCUAAUUUAGACUAAUUCAGGCUUCAUAAAGUAUGAGGUUUCAUGAUAUCAUGGAACAGAAUGAGAUACUAGAUAAGAACAUCCAUCUGACUAACAAAAAUUUCUGUUUUACUGAGUGAUAAUUCAUAUGUUUUGUAGGGGAGAGUGGGGGUAAGAGGAGCCAUUUUUUAUAUUUCAGAUCUCUACAUCAAGGCUUGAUGCCCAUCUCCUAAAUAUUUGGUCACAUGAUCAAUUUCUUUUACCAUUUCCAAGCGACAGGGGGUGGCUCAACUUACCCUUUGGCUCAACAUACAUCACUCUCCCCUUGAGGCUGAAAUAAUUAUCUUAAAUAUCAUUGUGUCUCUGGGUAAUUUCUUCCAAAUCUAUCAGAAUUAUGUACUAAACCUCUUAUAAUAGUAACUUUGCAUAUCUACACAUAGUCAGUUCAACAAAUAAACCAGCUGGGGUUAGAAUAAAUCAUAAAAUUGAAUAUGUCUGCAGCAUUGCAUUCAUUAACAGCCUUGGCAGAGUAAAAAAACUUCUCUUAACGUUAAGUUUGAUGUAAUUAUACUAAUUUGAUAAGAAAGCGGGUGUAUUCAGCUGUGGGCCUGAACUUGUUUUGUUGUUGACAUUACAAAUAAUGCUUGAUUGUGAUCACUAAAGCGAUCUUAAAAAUUAAUGCUUGCUUCAGAGACCAUAGGAGACUAAAGGAGUGUUGGUUAAAUUAAAUACUAUUCUUCUCAAAGUAUUACCCUUUGUGAUUUUACUUUAAUCUUUAUAUACAUAGUUAAAUUGGUUGAGCACUGAGGGCUUCAGUUUUUUCCUGAAAUGAAAAUUUCAGUAGAAUAUGGAUCACUCAGUUAGCAAUAUCAGUUUCUGACACUGGCAAAUACAAAUUUAUGCUUUUCAUGAGCAUAAAUGUUUACAUGUAAACAAAUGAGCAGUUGGAAACAUGCUGUAGCCUGUGUGCGGACAUGAUGGGUAUACAAACGGAAAAACAACAACAUCCAAUAAACUCUUGGGGGAGUAGUUGUUCAGGGUUCGAUCUUUCAGCUCGUCUUGCUGCUGUAGAGGGAGAUUUCCAGGCAUUGUUUUCGGAAGAGGCCCAAGGAUUGCGGCGCCUCGUGAUUGGCUGUCUCGCAGAGCUACUACCACGUGGUGCCGAGAGCUGACCAAUAGCCGCACUCGGGGCGUAGACCAAGGAAGCGUCGUUACCAUCGAGUGAUCAUGCUAGCCGAAGAAGUCCAGUGUAACUAGCAUUGCUAACUCCUGCAAUGAAAACGUCGGUUAUUCUCUGAGUUUAGCGCCGGUUUGUCACAACCAACUGGAUAUAGAAUGGAAAGAACAACCUGUGCGUAGAAGUCUUUACCUGUUUUUUAACCGACUGGCCAGGAUAGGACGGCAGUUUCGGUUAAGUAGCUAGUUAGCUAGCGCUGCUAACCGUUACAUGCUCCUCCAGCCCUCCUCCUCCAUCACAGCCAGCACAAGAAGCUCCAACAACCCGGCGUGUCUGACGUUCCCACCAUCAUGGAGAAGGUGCGUAAUCUUUCAAGGCAAACCCUGAAGCUGUAACGUAGACUGUAACUUACUUCUCAGAGAGGACACGCUGAUACCGAGCUAGCUGGGCAGCGUUUUCGGCCACACCUGCUCCUCCUGUUGGCAUUCAUUCACCGAGGCCGAGCCGGCAUCGCUGUACGCUCUUAAGCCGCUAAGCUUUGACUUGCUAAUUUGAAACCACAAACUCCACUCUGUGCCUUCCACUAUCUGAUAUCAUCGGGUUCAGUUGGGGGGUGAGUGGGGUCGGUACAGGCCCGUCGGUGUGUGCUGGUUUAUGGGAUGAGGGAACGCCCAGCACUGCCUUACUGACUCAUGUUAUCCUCUGUCUGCAAUGCUGCUCCUUUACACCUGUGUGUGUGUUACACCUCCCUGCACUUACCUGGCGCCACAGUAAAGAAACUCAUGAAACACAUGCGCUAAAAAUUGUUGCUGUGAAAUGCCACAGGUGAAGAAACCUGCUUAGGUAGCAUCUUUUUGGAGUCUGGGAACCCUUAUGAGGUAGGGGAGAGUGGGGUAAGAUGAGCCAUUUUUCAUUUUUCGGAUCGCACAGUUUCAAUCAUAGUUUUGUCUCUAACUAGCGUAUCUGCAUAUAUUUCAAGAUGUUGUGCAUCCCUGCAAACCAACAGAAUGAGUGUAAACAUAACUGUCUUGAUAAUAUAGCAUGCCAAAUAAAAAAAAAAGUGGUCUCCAGUAUGAGGGGGGUAAGUUGAGCCGUAUCCCUACUAUCCCCCCACUCUCCACCCCAGCCCUCCCUCACCUUCUCUCUCCCUAAAUAACAGUCACUUCUUCACAUCAUGUGUAUUUUUAUCUAUUAUACACUACUGACAACAAUUCACACAAGUUAAGGUUUUUUUUUAAACUAAGGUUCAGGAGGACAAGAUUGACAGAAAGGAUAUAGGGUCUCUGAAAUUUGUACAACCCAGAAGUUCCUUUGAAGAGUUUUCUUUUUAGCUUUUGUUUUACUCUUUUCUUAAUUAACCUUUGACGCCUUUUAUUGUUUUUUUUUCUCUUGCUCAUGUCUGUUGCUCUAUUUAAUCAUUACUAUUAUUAUCAGUACUAUUUAUUAUUUUAUUAUCAUUAUUGAUGCUGUCUUUUAUUGUUUCUAUCCUAUUUUCUGCUUUCAAUCGCCCUUUUAACUGCAUUUUCUUUAUCUUAACUAUUUUAUGUUUUUAUUUUGGUCCUCAUGGUUUCAUUUUAUGUUGCAUGGUUCUUGUAUUGUCUAAGUUCCUUGUGACAUUUGAAAAUGGCCUUUCUUCAUGACUAUCUGUCAAAGCGCUUUGUAAACUUCCAUUUGUAAAAGUGCUAUAAAAAAGUUAUUAUUAUUAUUAUUAUUAUUAUUGUUGUUAUUUAAUGGUAAAUUAAAAAAGAUGGUAAAACAUUUCCUAACCAAAGCUGUGUAUCUCCUCUCCCUCUACCCACAGGCAGAUUUCUUGAAAGGACUUCCUGUCUACAAUAAGAGCAACUUCAGCAGGUUUCAUGCAGACUCUGUUUGUAAAGCAUCUGUAAGUACAUUAGUCUAGCUUAUGGAUAUGAUAUUUGAUAAUUAUUUACUACAUAGUUCAUGAAGUAAUUAACUGUGAUUGGCCAUUACAUAGCAACAUUUCAUCACCACGUUUAGGUAUUUCUCGACAGCACACUGUUGCUAUGAAGAGUAAGCACUUAACACAGGGUUAGGGAACGCAGUGUUAAAUGGCUGAUAAGUAAAGACUUAAAAGUAGACUGUUACUAUGGAUACAGCUCAUAUACGAGUAUAGAAGAUCACGUCUUGAUUAUUAAGUGUUUAUUUAUUGACUCAUUAAGUAAGUGGCAGGGUAAUAUGCAGAGUAAUACACAGUUAGCGGGCUGUUAUAGCAAAAAUAAACUCCUUCAGGGUAAGACAAGCACCCUCUGCUCACCCUGGUGGAGCUCUGAGUCAGCAACCGGCUUACUCCACAUAAUUGCUCCUCAAAAAAUAUACUCAAACAGAAGACCAUAUUGUUCACACAAAAUGCAUCAAGGCCCACAAUUACUGUGAUUCAUGACCUCUUUGUUUUCUGUUCUACAGAAUCGAAGGCCCUCAGUGUACCUUCCAACCCGCGAAUACCCCUCUGAGCAGAGUGAGUACAAACCUGCUGUGCAGCACUGAGCUCAAGGACAAAGAAACAGCAAAGGGUUCAGAUAUGAACCUUAAGGCUGUUAAUAACAAAAAAAACAACAAAGCUUUUGUGCAUCAACUGAGCGAUGAGGCCAAAUUUUGCCAAACAUGAUCUGUCGGUGAUAUUCUAACUGUGUUUGCUCUACAGUUAUUGUAACAGAGAAAACAAACAUCCUUCUGCGUUACCUCCAUCAGCAGUGGGACAAAAAGGUGAGCAUGUGCAGUUUCAUCUUUAGUCUUUUGGUUAAAAUAUUUGUCGUCUUUGGUCUAAAAAAAGCUUCAUUAUUAUUAUGAAUAAAGAGAAAUGUUGUGACUCUACUGACUGCAGUGAAAUCCUCUGUGUCACACAGAAUGCAGCAAAGAAAAGGGAACAGGAACAAGGUGAGGGUGACAGUCCGGCACCCCCGAGGAAGAUCGCCAGGACAGACAGCCAAGAGAUGAAUGAGGACUCAUAAGUGUGCGUGUGUAAGUGUGUGUGUUGACUGUGUGCGUGCAGAAGUGAAUGAGAAAGAAAGAGGUAGUAUGUAUGUCGGAUGUUUGCUUGUACAGGGUAUAGCCAGUAUAAACUGAACAAAAGGAUCAUUUCAGCUGAAGAAAGACUUUGGGUCUUUGGGUUCAGGAGCAGGAGGCUGUUACUGGCAUAAACAAAAGACUCGCUGUCUGAAGAAUUGGGACAAAAAUACAUCAACUAGGUAGCAAUAUCUAGAGUAAAGUUGUGUGUGUGAAAGUAGUGAGACCACAGAAGAUGACUCAGUUGCCGUUGGUCUCUUUUAUCUUGGCUAUCCCCUGUGUGGGUUGAUGAACGUGUUUGUGUACGUAUGCAUGCUGAGCAGUGACUGCGUGUUGUGUGUCGUAACGUGCUGUGUGUGUGUGUGUGUAUGCGGCGAAUGAUGAGUCGAAAACAUGUCAGAGUAGAUUUCAGAUCAGAGAUGGACUUGACAGAUGAAGUCAGACACUGUUCUUAAAAAACAGUCUCCGAACUGGUCCAUGACUCAUGUAGCCUUCUGGAGAGACUGUCCUGAUUUGUGCAAAGAUGAUGACGUUUUGUUACUGUUUUAAUUUUAUUCUAACUAUUAUUGUUUAUGUAUGGCAACGAGCUUCCUGCCAGCCACAGUGCCCGCCCUCUCAGUUUCACUGCCCACUCUGCAGCCACACAGGGGUAUUGCGACAUUUCUCCACACUGUUUGAAUCAACAGAACCAUGAAUGCACUGUGAAGAACAGCACAAAGUAGAAGCAACUCUUCCACAACCCCCUUCUUAGAUGUUUGUUUACAGCCGAUAUUCAUAUUUUCAUUCUCCUCUGGGGCUUGUGUUAAUAGGAUAAAUGUUGUGUUGAUGUUUGAAAAAUACUUUUGCGUCUAGCACCACGACCUGGCUGACUGAGGCUAGUAAAUAUAGGAAUGUUUAAAAAAGAAAAAAGGAAAGUUGGGCUGAGAUAUGGAGCAGUGAAAUGUGGGGUCUCCAGUUGCACAUCAAUGUAACAGCACAGCUAGUUAAGAAGAAUUGUGACCUUGUUUUGGGAAAAGAGGAGAGGACACAUCAUGUGUAAAUACUUGCCAGUACAAGACUUAGUUUAUCCCAUGAAGGGUCUUUUUGUCUGCCUUUCCUAAAAUACUACAAGCGUGUGGUUAGCAGAUGGCCCUCUCUGAAAGUAAAGAACCCUGGCUGAAUGUUACCUUGCAUGUUGACACCCAGGUGUUAUAUUCCAGGACCGGUUAAAAGGUGAGAAGGUAUCAGUGGAAGGUUUUAGUCUAUAGGCCUUACAACCUGUCAUCGUGGCUCCAGCCCCUGUUUUCCCCGGAGUAUAGCUGUGCUGUUCACUCUCUUCGGGAGAACUCUGGGUCAUUUUUUGUCUUGAGCGGUUGAGGUAAACACGAGAAAGUCGGAAAGAUUAUUUUACUCUCAGCCAUAGAAUGCACAAUAAGCAUGCACAGCAAAGUAGAGCCAUCCUGCCUUGUUCCUGAGAUUCAGUUUGUAUCGGUGACAUUGACUUCACAACACUGAAGAAGGCUUUUUUUUUUUAAAUGUUCUAAUCACUGCCCGGCAGGGUCACGUUGAAGCCUCCUGUCCUUCCUGCUGCAGUGUUGGUUGACAGCGCGGUCGGUCAUCUUCCUGCAUACAAUGUAAAUACUGUCUGUUUCUGAAGCGUAAACACAUGAAGCUUCUCAGAUAUAGACUGUUCUAUACCCUAAGCCUUGCCCCGUAUCAUAGCUGUUAGAGCAGAUAUUGUUCUUUUUAGCUUUGCUGAAAUAAAACUGGACUGAAACUGGGUCUUUUUUGUCUUGUGUUACUUUGAAAAAAUGAGGCUUUGAGCAUCUGUCGGGGAGCAAAGCAAGCCUGGAGUUUUGAUUUUGCAGGAAAGAAACUGGUCA